AAUACCCUUUUGAUCGGAUCUACAGAACUUUCACUUUCAAAACUAGAAAAACCAGUUCCAAACAACGCAUGUUAUAACAGGCAGUGUUUCUUGGAAACGGUGUUGCACAAAAAUAUGUGCCUGCAGCAGAGUGCCAAGAGAUAGUAAUUUAGGUUGGUUUCCUUCACUCCAUUUUCAUUUUGUGAGCUGAGCCUCUGAAGAGAAGGGCUGAACGGACUGCUUUAUGGAAGACUAUAUCAAUAACAGCAACUGUACUCGACCAGAUAAGCUAUUUGAACAUACAGUACUGCCUAUUCUUUACGUCAUGGUGUUUCCUGUCGGAGUGGUACUGAAUGUGUGGGGAAUGAAGUCUUUGCUGCAAAAAUGGAAGAAACUUCAGGGCAUUGAUAUCCUGGUUAUUAACCUCGGACUAGCAGACAUGUUGUAUCUGCUCACUCUCCCCUUUCUGAUAACGUACCACUUCAAAGGGAGUGUCUGGAUCUUUGGAGAAGCCUUCUGCAAGAUAACAAGGUUCUGCUUCAAAGUGAACUUAUACUGCAGCAUCGGAUUCCUGACGUGUAUAAGCGUCUACAGGUACCUGGCCAUCGUUUAUCCAUUGAAAACAAUGGGGAAAUUAACAGUGACUAACUGUGCAGUAAUCUCAGCCAUAGUAUGGAUUCUGGUGAGUGCUCAGAGUGUUCCAGACAUGUUCUUCCCCAAACAUCCAGAGAACAAGACUAACAAAUGUUAUGAUACAACUGAUUGGGAUAAGGUUGAGAAUUACUUCUCGUACAGUCUCAGUGUGACAUUCAUUGGAUUCUGCAUCCCUUCUGGCAUUAUUCUGGGCUGCUACGGACAUGUGACUCUUGUUCUCUGUCGCUCAAACACGAUGAAAAAGGAUGUGAAACAACGAAUCAUCAAGCUGUUGGUAUUGUUGAUUCUUCUCUUCUCGGUUUGUUUUACACCUUACCACAUAUUCAAGAACCUCAGCCUGUAUUCCAGAGUUAUGAUUAAUCAGCGUACAUGCCCCUCGUGGGAUUUGAUAUCCUUCAUAGGACGUCAGGCCAGUCGUGGCCUUGUAAGCCUGAACAGUGCUCUCAACCCGCUGGUUUACUUCAAUAUAAAUGAGGAUAUGGGUGAACAAUUCAGGCAGCUGCUGCGGGGAGGUCGACAGAUGUUCAGUCGUUUGUUUCAGUCAAACUCCUGCUCUGUUCCUGUACCACAGACAGAACAAGAAAUUGCCAGUCCUAUCACAGAAGAUAUUUUUCUUAUUUAACCCUAUCAAAACUCCGUUCAAUGGAAGAUCGGACUUUCUGCUCAGCUGCUCCCAGUCUGUGGAAUACUCUCCCUGACCACCUGAGGACACCACAGACAGUGGAUGCUUUUAAAUAUAGCCUCAAAACCCACCUUUUUAGGAGAGCUCUUGACUCUUAUCCUUAUUAUGUUUGUUUAUUCUAUCUUUUUAUUUUCAUGCUCUCCAUGUGUUUUUAUUUUUAGCACAUACCUGUUUUAUCAUGUAGCACUUUGGGAUUUACAUACAUAUAAACUGCAUUACAAAUUAAAUGUAUUGUAAUUUUAUUAUUAUUAUUAUUAUUAUUAAUUAAAGUUUUUUCAGUUCUGUAUGCUUUGUAUUACUACAACAGGCUGAGUAUUUGUUUCAGUCCGGAAUGCAAACAACCUGUUUAAACCUGUUCUAGAUGUCAUGACUCAGCUGAUUCAGGAUGUUAACAGGAGCUUUAUCUUAUAAAAUGUGAGAAUAGUAAAACCUAGUUAAAUGUGCAGACUUUUUCAUUUGUUAAUUAUUUAUUUUUUUCUCAUCCACAAUAUAACCAAUAUUUUUAAUACAAUGCCUUGAAAAAGUAUGUUUCCAUGUUCAUAUUUCUUAAGAUGUUUAUUUUGUCACAUUCAAAAAUGUAUCUUCAAACUCGUUGUAGUAUAGGACAAAUAUAUCGUGAAUAAAUACAAAUACAGUGUUUACCCUCUGAAUACGUCACACAAAUACUUGGUUUCAUUCAAACAGCACGGUGCUGCUUCUGUCAGCAACCCCCGCCUCCACUAUCAUCUCAUGUCAUGAUUUGGAAGUGUCUGGUUAUGAGUCAUGUUUUUCCUGU